AUGUCUUUAAACUACUUUGACAACGACAGCGACAACAACAAAAACAGCAACGAAACUUCCGCAGUGGUGAACUCCAAUUCAUUUAUAGACCCUAAGUCACACAGCGAGCAAUCCCAAAAUAUGUAUACGCAACAGCUAAAUCAGUCUAACACCUUGUCAGGACCAACUACAUCUUCUGCUUCCAAACCACAAAUGUCAAAUUUGACAAAGACACUAUUGUCAUCCACAAAACCUCGCCCACAAAACCAGCAGAAUAAUAACAACAACAACAACAACAACAACAACAACAACAACAACAACAACAACACCGAUACCACCCAUUCAACCGAGGAAUUAAAUGUUUUGUCGGGAGUCGAAUACAACAAUGAUUCUACUAAUAAUGGCCACCUCGAAAAUGAUCUACAAAGGUAUCCGGGCCCGUUCCCCCAACGGAUUCCUAUAGUACAAAAUUCUUACAACUAUAUCCCAUCAACGCAUAACACCCCAACUGCAGUCUGCUCAUCAUACACGUCGAACCAUUCAUAUAAGGCUUCGUUGCCAACAACACACAGCUUUGUCACACAACCACCUGGACCUUCGUUAAGCGAUCGUCACGGUGUAGCUUCUUCGUCGAGUUUCAGACCAAAUGCAAUGCCACAUGCAUUGCCAACUACGACGCUUCACACGGAUACCGCAGUGCCAAGCAGACCCUCAUGCACAUUAUCAUCAUCAUCCGCUACAUUCAAUCAGCCUUCUCAGCUGUUAAAUGAAGCAGCAUUUUCCAUCCCUAAUCAAUUUCUUCCGCCAACGGUACAUCCAACAAAUUCAAAUGCAUAUUCAAAUUCAAAUUCAUUAUCUGAUCAGCAAAGGAUGCCCAAUUCAUUUCCCACACGCCAUUAUCCAAAUAACGUUUAUGGUACGAAGGAGCAGCAGCGAACGGCGCCUACCGUCAGUAGACUUUAUCAGUUAUUGUCUAAUGAUAAACAACCACAUACAACGUCUUCAUCACCUGCUUUAAGUAGACACUCAACGGAAAUAUCAAACCAGACAAGCGGUAUUCAGAAUAAUAGUAGUGAUGGGGAACGUAAGGAUACGAGUGAUUCACUUGGUACCACUUCCUUCUAUUUUGAGAACCAUGAACAACUGCAUCAGCAACAACAACAACAACAAGAACAGCAGCAGCAACAACAAGAACAGCAACAACAGAAGCAGCAACAACAACAGCAACAACAACAACAACAACAACAACAACAACAGAAGCAGCAACAACAACAACAACAACAACAACAACAACAACAACAACAACAACAACAACAACAGAAGCAGCAGCAGCAGCAGACACUACAACAGUCUCAACAUUCACAAUCACCUUAUGUGCAACCUGAGCCAGAUCACUACAUGACUUAUAGCGAAUUUUUACGGGAGCUUAAUAGGAAAUCUGCCGAAAGCGGGUCAAACGUAGAGCAUUUAAAUAUUGUUGAUUUUCCAGUAAACGACUUGAUUGUCAUGUUAUCUUGUCUACUCACCAAGAUAAUUGAAGCCAACGAUAAAUUGCACCCUAACCAUUUUGAAAAUACUAUUGCCAUUAGACAAAAGAUUAAAGAAGAGAGAAAAUUAAGAAAAGCACAAAAGAGGAAGAAACAGCUAGAGCAGGAGCAAGGAUCGAUUAUAGAUGAAGAUAAAAUAGAAGUUGAUCAAAACGAUAGUAAUGACAACAAUCGUCUGGAUGACAAUAUCAUGGUUCGUGUGCACAGCGAAGAUGGUAUGGAGUAUGAAGAUCAUGACGAUCAGGAUGAUGAUGAUGAAGAUGACGAGAUGAAAAACAAGUACCUAGCAAAUGUUUUAGCCUUCCAUGGCACAAAUGUUCCUGGUAUAUCCCUACAUGCAUACUUAUCUCGUGUUCUAAAGUAUUGUCCAGUUACUAAUGAAGUGUUUUUAUCGCUCUUAGUAUACUUUGAUAGAAUUGCCAAAAAGGCUAAUAAUUUCAAUAAAAAAGUGAAAGCAGAUCACAAUGGCGUGCAGAAUGGAGACUACAAGGGUGAUAGCAACGACGACAACGGCGGUAAUUCCUCAUCUUUGGAAACGGAACAAUUAUUUGUCAUGGACUCAUACAACAUACAUCGUUUAAUAAUAAGUGGUAUAACAGUGUCAUCCAAGUUCUUUCUGGAUAUCUUUUACAAGAAUUUGAGAUAUGCCAAAGUCGGAGGCUUGCCCUUGGAAGAGUUGAAUUACUUGGAACUACAAUUUUUAUUGUUGUUGGAUUUCAAAUUAAUGAUCAGUGUGGAGGAUCUUCAAAAUUAUGGAGAUUUACUAACCAGGUUUUGGAAAAGAGAACAAUUGGCAAAGGAUGCUAAUAGUUCUAAUGGCGCUAGUUCUAGUAAUCAAGAAGUUCCUGUUGCUGCGCCCAGCAGCGAGGUCAGAAGCUGA